CCUCAAUUGCUCUGACAUAGUUUACGUUUUGCUGAGUGACGACCGACGCACAAAAGUAUUUCCAUAUCGUUAGAUCUUAUUCGGAUAUAUUAAACGGUUCAACAGUCCAUGUCAGCAUGUUUCUGUUCACACCAAGGGGAAGGUCUGGGUCAGUGGGCUCAGUCGCUUCUACUAGGAGAACAAGUGUGAGUUCAGACAUGGAGUCUUUUCGUUCAAGGCAACCACGUAUGGAGGGAAAUCUGAAAUGGGUAGACACUCUGGAAUGUUCGCAUGAAGUGAUGUGUUGUCGCUUCCAUCCUGAGGGAAAUGUAUUGGCAGUGGGUCAAGCAGAUGGGACAAUCAAAGUUUUCAAUCCAGACACGGGGCAGCUUCUCCAUGUAUUAUCAGAUGAUGAGACCAUCCACACUCAUUUACCAGUGACCAGCAUUAACUUUGUCAUAGCAAUGGCAGGAGAUGACAAAAUUGAACAUUCUCACAUCCUGAUGGCAACAUAUGCCUCUGGACAGAUAAAGUUCUGGCACUACACAUCUGGUUCUUGUAUCCACACAAUCCAUGAGGUGAGGCAGACGCUGACUUCCGCAUUCACUCCUAGCACAGAAAAGUUUAUCACAGCCGGUGCCGACUCUGAGAUCCAUGUCUAUGACACUGAGAGCAAGAGGAAAGUUUUUACCUGUGAGCCAAGUGAUAGUAGAGAUUUGAUGAAUGGUCAUCGGCUGAGGGUCUUUGCCUUGAAAUUCCAUCCAUAUGAACCCAACAUCUUCAUAUCAGGAGGGUGGGAUGAUACUGUACAGUUCUGGGAUCUGAGACAGAAAGGGUCCACCAGGUCACUGUUUGGUCCACACAUAUGUGGAGAUGCCUUGGAUAUUGAUCCAGUUCAUAACCACAUCCUCACAGGCUCUUGGAGAAAGGAGAACACACUGCAGAUCUGGGACUUUAAUAAUGGAGCUAAGAUCAAAGAUGUUCCCAUAGACCACAUGCAUUCAAGUCUGCUGUACUGUGCCCAGUGGCUGGGUAAAGACUAUAUGGUAUGUGGUGGAUGUGAUCACAACAUGGCCAUGGUCAUUGACAGGGGCACACUGAAUGUAACUGGUCAGGUGUAUGAUCUCCCUCAAGGUGUGUACUGUGUGGACAGCACAAAAACAGGAGCCAUCCAUAAGCUGGCCAUUGGAUCUGAACACCAAGUACACAUUGUCAAAAAUGAAAAGAAGUGAGAGGAGACUUAGCACAAUUUCUUCUAUAUGAUGAAUGAGAGACCUUUUUAAGAGGACCUACUGUAGUGAAUAUGGUAAAUGUAACAGUGGCUCAAGAUACUACUCAAACUAUUGAGUUAUGUAUACACAAUGUCUGCCCACCUCUGUUGUGCCAACAACCAUCCAGGUAUAUUGAUAUACUUUGUACAAUAUAUACAUAUCAACGUUUUAUAGAGAGACAAUCUAGUAAAAAUGACAGGAAACUUUCCAAACCACCAAAAAGAGGCAAAGAACUGCUCGCCACUUUAUUUUAUUCCAUAAUUACAUAUGGUUUAACAUUUUUUAACAUGAAUGCAGUGUCCAAAAUUAUUUUAAAAGAAAAUACAUUGUUAUUUGUAAAAAAAGAUUUUUGAGAUAUUCCUGGAAGCAGCAUGCACUAUUCCGUCCACAUUACUGCAGUGUCUAAAAGUAUUUUAAAACUAAAUAGCAUUUUAUUUGUAAAAAAAAAA